AUGCCAGGAGAGCAGCCCCCUGGAGCACCGCCCACCAUGAGCACACACCUGCCACCCCGCCCUGCCUCCCGAGACUCAGGGCGCCCCUCCCGGCCCCCCAGCAAGGACAGUGCCCAGGCCUGCAGGACCGCCGCAGGCACAAGGGGGGCGGGCAGCAGGGCCCAGGUGGCAGAGCUCCCCAGGCCUCAGCCGAGGCAGGCCAGCCCCGUGGAGCCCAGGAAGGAGGCCGGCCUCUCGGGGACCCUGGGAAAGGGCCCAGCACAGACUCUUGCCCAGCAGCCGGGCAAGGCCACGCAUGGGGGUCCGCAGCAACUCUACAGGCUGAGCGUCAGCCCCUCCAAGGACAAGCGGGCCUCCGACGAGGGCCCCCAGGGCUGCCCACAGGGGGACCCCCUCACAGGCCAGCUCCUGGGGGCCAGUGAUGUCCUGUCCACACCUGACGAGCUCAGCUUCCAGAGGGGCUUCCUGGAGGCACCCCCCAGAAGCUGUACCUCCACCGACUAUACCUCAACCGGCCCUGCCCCUGGGCCUCCUCCCCUGGCGGCCCCCCAGCCCCCAGGGCCCAGCCCCUUCUCAGAGUCCCCAGCAGGCAGGGCUGACACCUGGGCCCCCGCUGCCCAGUACAGCUUCCCAGCUGCUACUUUUGGGGUCCCCUCCCCAGCAUCUGAGCCCUUUCCCAAAGGUGCUACUGGGCCUGGGUCCUGCCCUGGGGGGCUCUCCUUUCAACCCUCCUACACGGGGCUGCCCGGAGCCGGCCCCAAGCCCUUCCCCACGGUGUCCCUACAGGAGCACACAGUCCACGGGGCCCUGGUACUGACCCUCCACCCAGCUCCACAAGGCUGGCCAGAGGUCCCAGGGGCUGCCCGACAGGCCUGUGCACAGCCACCCCCCCCACUGAUGUCCUGCUACCAGGGCCCAGAUACACCCUCAAAUCUCAGCGGGGCUCACUCCCCGCCUGGUGCUGCCCACAGCCCCUUCCCCAUCAGCCUGCACAAGAGCCUGCCCCCCACCCUACCUGAGAGGCCCCCGUCAGCCUCCAAUGGAGUGGAGGGUCUGAGGGGACCCCCAAGCACACUGCCCCCAGUGCACUUUCUGGGCAAAGCCUACAAUAGCCCCGGAGCCAGCAGUGUGGGCACCAGCCCAAGGGCCCUGGACAAGGAGCUGGCUGCCCCAGGGCACAGGGCCACUCCAGGGCCCCAGCUAUGGGAGGGGGCACGUGAGGCCAUGUCCCUUAUGGACACAGCCCCCUUCCCUGCUGUGCCCCCAGCCCCACCGGCCACAGCCGGGGGCUCAUUCUUCAAAGGCCACAAUCUCUGUCUCCCGCACAGCCCCCCACUGCCCUGGUCCCCAGUGCUCCCUGCGGCUAGCUCAGGCCCCCUGCAGCUGCCAAACCAGCUGCCCUACCCCGCCGGGGCCCCUGAGUGGCCGGGCAGCAGCCAUGCGCCCGGCCCACUGGAGAAGUUGGCAGCCCCAAGGACUGGCCCCAGGACCCCCAGCAGCAGCCCCCCCGGGUUGCUGUCACGUAGCAGCAUCCAGGAUGCCGGUGCCCAGCCCCUGUUUUUUGGGGUGACCCCUCCCCAGGCUUCACCUCGAGGGACCCCUGGCCUGCCCCCACCCAGAGGGGUGGGCCCGUCCCCAAGUGAGUCCCCGCUGCCCUCUCCGGCCACCACUGCGGCCGGCAGCAGCUCCUGUUCGUCCUUGUCACCUCUGUCCAGCAGUCCGGCCAACCCCAGCUCAGAGGAGGGACAGCUGUCCGGCCCGCUGGGACCCCCUGCCUUCUUCCACACCCCAAGUCACCCCCAGGAGGGUGGCAGCACCUUUGCAGCCUCCGAGCCCUUCCCUGCCGGCCCCUCGAACUUCCAGCCGGGCCCCAAGGCCUUCCCCUUCCCCACCACUGAGACAUUCCAGUGCCUUCGGGUGGCACCCCUUCCCCACCAGGAGCCCGCCUUCCCCCAAGAGCCGCCCCCCUAUGCCGCCCACCACUUUCCUCUGAGCAGCGCCAGCCUGGACCAGCUGGAUGUGCUGCUGACAUGCCGGCAGUGUGACCAGAACUACAGCAACCUGGCCUCCUUCCUGCACCACCGCCACUACUGUCCCCCGCGGCCCCCAAGCCCCGCGCCACCCGGGCUGGCCACGACCAGGGCCCCAGCCGACACACAGCACACGGGCCUGCUGGGCCCCCACAAGCUGGCCAACUUCCUGCUGGAUGGGGACGUCCUGCAGGGCCUGGCCCCUGCGCCCCCGCCGCUGCCAGCCUCCGACUUGGACCUGGAGGACGUGGCCAAGCUGGACAGCCUCAUCACCGAGGCGCUCAACGGCCUGCAGGACGCCCCCGAGAUCGACAGCAGCUUCAUCGACGUGUUCGCCGACGACGACCCUUUGGGCCUGAGGGUGCCCAGCACUGGGCAGGCCCCUAAGACCCGGGCGGGGGCCACUCCCGAACCCAGAACUCAGGUCCCGCCCCCUGCCCUGGCGCUCACACCCGAGCCCCAAACCCCCAGCCCUGAGGCCAAGGAGGAUUCCCUGCCCAGCCCCCGGCCCACAACCCGCUCCCAGAAGGGCCCAUCCCACCGAGGCCAGCACUGCCAACUGCACCCGGAAGGGCCGGGCGUGCUGGGCUCCAGGACCGCGGGGCUGCGGCCCCGGAGGAAAGGUGGCCAAGUGGAGGUGCCCUCGGCGCCCGUGAGGAACCUCCGGACCCAAGCCUCCAGGGGCCACGCGGCGGCACCAAGCACCAGUGCCCUGCCCAGGCGGACCCGCAGGGCCCGGGGCAAGCCUAGCCGGCGGCGUGGCCGGGCUGGCCGCUGGAGCAAGGAACUCAUCCACAAGAUUGUGCAGCAGAAGAACGCACUGCACCGACGGCGGGGGCGGGGGCGGGGUCCCCCCACAGCGUCAGGGCCCCCAGCCCGCCCCGCCCGAGACGGCAACUACAGCUCAGGGUCGGAGGAUGACUCAGGCCCCAAGGCUCCACCUGGCCCUCCACCGCCAUCAGCUGGUGCCAAAGGCCGGCGCCGCCUGGCACGGCAUCGAGGGGAUAGGCAGAGGGGCCUAGUGGGACCCCUGGACCACUGCAAAGAGGGGGUGCAGCAGCAGGAAGCUGAGGCAGCCGGGGGCUCCCCAAACCUAGAGUCUCCCGGUCCGGCUACCCCAGGCCCAUUACAAAGCCCUGGGCUUGGGGAGCUUCAAAGACAUGACUCCCACACAGGGGCUGACCCACGGACCCCCAAAGAGAAUCAGUUCCCAGAGACCAAGCUUCUUGACGAGGUGUCCAGCCACACCGCCCCAGAGCAGCCCCCACCCACUCUAGAAGAGCCCGGCUCCCAGGCACCAGGAAGCCUGACUAGAUGGGGCUCUAGGGAGCACCUCUCACCAGCCAGUGUGGACAGCUGGCCCCUCGUCGACCGUGGCCCAGCAGCUGCCCCCAGGCCCCAGCCAGGAGAUAGGCAGAUGACAACUGACUGUACCCCAGGGGCUGCCCAGCACUCGCCCCUCACCCUUGACUGGAGUACUGCUCACAGUGCGGAAGACUGUGGGGGUGGUCCAGUGGCCGGUGGGAGGCCCCCUAGAGAUUCCCUCCUGGGGCCCAGCGAGCUGGCUGUCCCCUGCGGGGAAGGCUUGGCCUCCAAAGACUUGGCUGUGGACAGUCCAGGCGGCAGCCUGUACUUGUGCCGGGAGAGUGUGGACAUGCAUCCCCUCGGGCCAAGGUCUCCUGGGAGUGCCCCCUCCCCAGCUGACGCCGCACAGCCCCCACUGACCCUGCAGUCCACCUCGCUCCUGGGCAGGCUGCCUGUGGAGGACUUCGACCCCCUGACGUGUGGCAUCCUGCUUGCCCCCAAGAACAACCCCUUGCCCUGCUCCUGUGCCACCCUGUGCCCGGGGCACUGGCCAGUGCUGGAGGACCCCCUGGGAGGAAGGUGGGAGCAUCUCGAUGAGGGGCGGCCUGCACCCUGCCCAUCCCCAGCUCUGGGGAAGGGUGCCGAGGGGGGUAUCCCGACAAGCAGCCCCCCAGAGGCGGGCCUGGAGAUCAAGAGGCUGGUCUCAGAGUUGGAGACCCAGCUGCAGGCCAGUGCAGGCCAAGGCCAGCCCCCCCGGCCACCGAGCACAGAGCCCAGGGGUGGGGGAAGCUCAGAGCAGGGCUCACACCAGCCCCCCGAGCCCCAGGCAGACCUGCUCUGGGCAGAUGACCUGGCCGGUCUCAGAGGGUCAAGCCCACCCCAGACUGUGGCAAUGGCCCUGCACCCUGGUAUCCAAGACGAUGCAGGGUCUGUAGAGGGAGCCAGCCACACUGCUCAGCCGAUGACGGCACAGGUGACCAGCGUCCAGAGGAUGGAGCCCACCCAGAUGGACAGGGACAACGGGGCCUUGCUAGGCACCAGUUUGCCCAGCCCCUUCAAGCUGCCCCCGCCUGGGCUAGACACAGAGAGCUUAGCAGGAUGCAGUCCAGACCUAGAGCCUUGGAGUCUUAGGACCCCCAAGACCCCCAGAGCACAACCAGAAUGGGGUGGGGGGCUGUCCCUGGGGUUCCUGGAGGCUGAGGCCUCCCAGUCGAUGGCAUGCAGCAGUCCCACGGCCCCUCCCACACCUGAAGUGGCAAGUCACUGGGCGUGGGGGACACCCCCCUCUGGUGCCAGACACAGCCAAGCCCCCCAGGAACACUCUGUGGGUAAUGAGGGGACCCAGCCAGUGGAGGUGCAGCCCUGCCCUGCCCAGGGAGCAAACACUGAGCUAGGAGACAGGCCCCAAGCCCCAGUGUCCAGGCCCCUCUGUCAGGGGCAGCUCCUGGUGGCCAGAGCUGAGAACAACAGUGGAGCCCAGGGCCCUGCACCCAGCCCAGGAGGGGACGACGUAGCCCAGGGCGCUGAAGGAUGUGUACAAGGGACAGAAACAGGUGGGUGCCAGGACCCCAUCGGCCCAUCUCCAGCACCAGAGCCAAAGGGCCAAAGCCAAGCCAGCCAGCGGCAGCCAGAGGAGCAGGGGAUCCUGGAGGAGGGGUCUGAGGCCAAGGCCAAGCCGGGAGCCUCACUGACUCGGCAUGCCGGGGGGCAGCUGGAGGGAGGCAGGGCAGUCUGGAGCCUUCAAUGCAAGGCAGGGGACCCACCAAGUCCAAUCCUGUCUGAGAAGAAGACCUCAGUCCUGGCCCUAACAGCUGCCCAUGCCCUAAGUGGACUCGAGGACCAGGUUGCAGCCAGGGUGGCCAGCCCGGGCCCCAGGGAGCGACUGCCAUCAGCCGGGGAGAGCCCAGGGUGUCCUGUCAGUAGCCAGGCCCCCUGUGGCACCUCGCUUGCUUCUGCAGACCCCCAGGGGCCGCGAAGCCCUGGGCACCCACCCAAGAGGGACCUCACUGUGCCUGCAGGCGCCUCAGAGGUCCGAAGUGACCCGGGGGGGCCACCCCCAGCCUCUCCAUCCUUCGGGGAUUCCCUUUGCUCACAGCAUCUGCCAGCCCCUUCCCCCAUCCAGGCACCCCCUCAAAGGGCCAGCUGCUCCUCCAGCCCCACUGAUGUUGGGAAAGAGCAAUGCCCAGCCAGGCCCCCAGCAGACAGGACCAGUCCCUGGGGCCCCUCGGGGGCAGACAGUGACCCCUGUGUGGAUGCUCUCCCAGGGGGCCAGGCAGGCUCAGAGUGCAGCCUUGACCCUGGAGGGCACUGCCCCAGUGGCAGCAUCCCCAGAGCACUAGAAGACCCCGGAAGAGCGAGGCUAAGUGGACCUCCUGCCCAGGCAGCCCUUUCCCCACCAGCCGCACCUGUCUCCUCGAGAGAGACCAGCAAGGUCCCUGGGCGUCCCCGAGCUCCUGCUGCAAAAGAGGAGGUGGCCCAAGGGCCUCAGACACUAGACCCCCAGGUUGUGUCACCAGGGCCCUGCUGUCCCUCCUCGGGGCCCCCUGACCCGGAGGAAAGCCCUCCUGUCACAGCCAAGUACACAGGCAUGGAGACCACAGGGUGGGGUUCCAGUGCCCCCCACCAAGCACCUAGGGGAGGACCCCUGUGUCCUCAAGAGCCCCAGCAGAGGCCCCGGGGUGUUCCAAAGAAGUCCCGGCCCUCAGGGUCUGGCCAGCAGAGAGGAGACCCCAGUCCAACGGUGACCCCUGUCUUCACUUGCGGGGUCUGCAGCUCCACUUUCCGCUCAGGGCCAGGCCUGAGUCGACACAAGGCCAGGAAACACCUGGGCACCCCCUCCCAACCUCUCCAGGCCGGCCACCCAGCCCCAAGGGGCCCAGGGCCAGCAGCCAGUCCUGCCCACACCUUCUUUCUGGGGAGAAAGAAGGGCCGAAAGGCAUUCUCCAGGAAAGAGAGUUUGGAACCCGGCUCCCACCAGAGCCCCUCCGAGGACAGGCUGGGACCAGAGAUGCCCACGGGAGCUGGGCCAGAGCUCAGCGUCCAUGGAACCCCAGGCCCAUCACUUCACCUUCAGCUGUGGACACCAGCCCUGCUCGGCCCAGCACGCCACGUCCCCAGGCCUGGGAAGGCUGACAAGCGGCUCACAGAGCCCCAGGGAGCCCAGAGACAAAGCAAAGAGCCAGGGGGGCUCCCCAGCGACUCAGAGGGAAGGCCAAUGCCGAGGGGGAGGAAGGAGAGCAGGAGAAGGUUCCAGAAGGAGAGAAGAGCUUCUGGCUCAUGGGAGAGGCGUCCCAGAGCUGAUUCUGAUGUCGUUCCAGAUAGUUGCCGCUCACAUCCAUCAAACUCGCCUGCCCAUCACCCCCCCCUGCCUGGUUGCUGCCGGCCAGUGGAGGAAGGAGAGGUGGAUGGGAGGCAGCUGCCAAGAUCUGCCACCAGGGGGACCAAGGAUAUGGGGGAUGCACAAGGAAUGUGGCCAGAGCAGCCACCAUUGGCGGAAGAGACAGGAGCUGGGAGCCCACUCAGAGACGGGGAGAGCCCCCCUCUCCAGGCGGAGCUGGAUGUAGCAAGUGGAUGCUUGGGGCCCAGGGAGCCGAGUGGGGAGAAGCCUGUGCAGGCAGCUAGGGCCAGGGCUGCAGGCGGCAGCAAGGGGCCCAAGAGCCGGACAGGGAGCUGCAUGGUGAGGGCACCGAAGCCCCCGUCGGAGUCCCCGGAUGCCUCCAAGCCUCCUGCCUCCAAAACCAGUGGCCACGAGGACUUCCUAAGCCCCCCAGAGGCCAGGGCCCACGUCCAGGAGCUGCAGGUCAGCGCAGCUGGGGCGUCCCCCCAGGAGCUUGAGGGGGGCCUGGACCUGUUGGAGGCCUCGUUCUCUCUGCUCUUCCCUCUGGACGGUGGUUUGAUGCGGAAGAAGAACCCUCGAGUCUACAGAUCUUGCAGGAAGAAGGCAAAGCCAUCACCACCCCUGGAGCUGCACUGUGAGGUGGGGGAGCUCUCCGCACCAGGUGCAGCCAGGCUGCCCACAGACCUGCCUGACUGCGGCUCUCCCUGUCUGUGCCCCCAGGAGCCCUGGGCAGAAGACCUGGAGGACGGUUUCCUCAGCGGGUUCAAGCCCUGGACUCCGGACAUCAGCCUGUGGGCCCUGGAGCUCCCUGAGGAGGGGACCUUGCUGGGGAAGGAGGAGCCAGAGGACCUCCCGGAGCUGCACCGCAUCCCGGCCGCCUGGAGGAACCUGGAGCUUCGGGACCCCAGCGAUCAGCCCUCCUCUCUGGGGGAAAUGAGCCCUGAGCCCCCCAGCCUGGAGAGGGAAGGUGGGGGUGUCGAGGACCUCGAGAGCGCAGGCCCGCUGCCUCCCCCCGCGCUGGAGCUCAGCGCACUUGACAUCAAGUUGGAAGCGCAAGCCCUGUGCCUUCUGGGACCCCAUGAGGACCACAGGGGGCUCCCCAGCCCCAGCGUUCAACACUCCCAGGAGGGAGGGAGUUUGCAGGGUCUGGGGGGCGGGGGAGGGGAGCGCCAGGCGCGCGCGCAAAGGGGCGCCUACAAGUGCCGCGUGUGUUUCCUGCGCUUUGGCGGCCUGGGGGAGCUGGAUGCGCACAAGCUGACGCACAGCCCCUCGCCGCCCCCCACCUGCUACAUGUGCGUGGAGCGCAGGUUCGGCUCGCGCCAGCUGCUGCGCCAGCACCUGCAGGAGAGGCACGUGCAGGGCCAGGCUGGGCUGUGGGCCUGCGGCAUGUGCCGGAGCAGCGUGCCCGACGUCUGGAUGUACAACGAGCACCUGCGCGAACACGCCGUGCGCUUCGCCCGUCGCGGCCAGGUGCGUGCCACCCUGGGCGACCUGUCCGGCCAUCCCUCAGAGGGCAGCCUACCCCCGGGCAUCCUCGGCAGCAUCGAGGGCCACGUGCCCCGUCCGCACGGCGGCCGGCGCGCCAUCCCCAAAGCCAACAGGCGCUCGGGUGAGACCCCAAGGGGGUCGACGAGGAAACCCAGGGCUCCCCGGCCCAAUCCCUUAGACCAAAGUGGCUCGGCGGCGGCGGCGGAGGGUGGCGGCUCAGACAUCGCCCACAUUGCGACCAGCGAAAGCCCACCCAGCCUCGCGCCACACAGCGUGUCCCCCGGCCCUGCGUCGCGCGGAGGCGCGCCGAUGCCGGAUCCGUCGCGCCACUGCCACCAUUGCGGGAAGCAAUUCCCCAAGCCCUUCAAGCUGCAGCGCCACUUGGCCGUGCACAGCGGGCAGCGCGUCUACCUGUGCCCGCAGUGCCCGCGCGUCUACGCCGAGCACGCCCAGCUGCGCGCCCACCGCGCCCGCGAGCACAGCGCUGGCGAUGAGCCUGAGCGGCCGCCUACCCCACUCUUCACCUGCGAGCUCUGCGCUGCCGUCAUGCGCGUCAUCCGGCGAGCCUUCGCCUGCAGCACCUGUAACUACACCUUCGCCAAGAAGGAGCAGUUCGACCGCCACAUGGACAAGCACCGCAGGCCCGGCCGGCAGCCCUUCGCCUUCCGAGGCGUGCGGAGGCCCUCAGGCCCGGGAAAGAGGACUCUGGCCAGCGAGGGGACCGGGCCAAGCAAGAGGCACCGUGUUGCCUUUCCAGACGACACUGGGGUCCCCGUGGACGGGCCUCAACCCUCAGGCAGCAGCCCCACCCCGGGCGCCGUGUCUCCCAAAGACCUGCACCUACCCUGCCCAGAGCCGGCUCCUAGCCCGGCUCAGGGACAGUCUCCAGGCCCGGAAACCCCUCUGGGAAACCCGCUGCCUGCCAGCAGGGAGUCUCUGCCCCUGCCUUUGUCUCCCAGCAGAGGUGGCAGAGAGGGUGGGACUUCCCCUUCCAGCCCUCCUGCACCCGUCUGCCUGCACACUGGCCCACUGGGGUUGUCCCUGUUCGCGCCAGGACCCGGAAGUGGCGACUUAGAGAAGAAGGUGGCCCCCAGCUCCAGGAAGCACAGGUCCCCAGGUGCCCCCAGAAAGUGUUCCCCUGAUAGGUCCACAGACAGUAUCCUCCAGACCCAUAGAGACAGAGAGGUGCCCUGGAGCCACAUGGUGCCCGAGGGGGAUCUGGGAGACUCCGCCCACAAAGUGGGUGCUGCCAAGGCCAGGGGCUCCCCAGAAAGAAAAGCACCUGUGGUCUCGGUAGUAUCAAGGAAGGUUGCCCCAAGUCUGGCCCCCACAGAGCCAGCCCGAGACGCUGAGACCAGGCUGAGCCCCAGCACCCCCAAAGCCAGGCCGGACCCCAGCUCCCAGAAUGGUGGGGACACCCGACGUGGUGCCACAGCCUGGGGGGGCAGCCAGCCCCAGCCAGCCAGUGGGCAGCUCCAGAGUGAGACAGCUACCACUCCUGCCAAACCCCUGCUCCCAGCUCUAGCCAAGGGCCACAGCCAGGGAUCCCGAGGCAGCCUGAGCCCCCUGGGGGGCAGUGGAGGGAGGAGGAGGGGCCGUGCCCCAGGGUCCACCAGGAGCGAAAGCUUUAGGGGCCUGGGGAGAGCCCCCUUGGUGCUUGAGAGGCCCCACCGGAACCCCCGGAAGCAGGCAGUCCCCAGCCGAGUGCCCCCAGACAAACCCCGACUGAGCAGCCAGACAGACAAAUUCCCUGAACGCCAGAGGGGGCUGCCCAGCCUCGGAGGCUUCCAGAGGAGGAGGAAGGGGCUGGACAUGGCCGUCCCCCAGAAGAGGGCUGUACAUGGGUCCCCCAGGAAGGACAAAGCUGUCCCCCACUGUCCCCAGGCCCUCCGUACCGCCGAGUCACAGAGCCACCUGCUCAGCCAGCUCUUUGGGCAGCGACUGACCAGUUUCAAGAUCCCGCUCAAGAGAGAGCCCACCGAGUAGCAUGCAGGGGGGAGGGCAGGGAGCCGGACCCCACUGAGGGGCCUGGGUGCAGAAUGGGGAGCCGGACCCCCGCCAAGGAGCCUGCACAGUCACCGUGUAAAGGAACCAGGAGCCUAGGCCAGCUCCCACAGCCCCUGGGGUAACUCACCAGGUGGUCUUCUGCCCUUUGACUUCCUGGGCUGCCUCCUGCCAGGUGUGGGGCUGAGAGAGCCCACUCUCUGCUGGAGGACUAGGGUCAGGGCGGCCAGCUACAGACCCCGGGUGGCAGGAAGCCCCUGAGAGCAGUCCAGCCCCUGGGGGCACCAGGAAGGGCACUGGACAGCCCCCUGGGAUAAAGCUUGCACAGGGCUUCCUCAAUGGUCCGCCUAGCAGGGAAGACAACCAAAGGGCCAGUCAGGGGAGGCCCCCCCCAGUCUUGCUGCUGCUGCUGCUGCUGGAACUCCAAAGUGACCUUAGAACCCACAGGGGGGUGUGGUCCUGGGAGGCUAUGCAGAGCUACCAAAGCUCCCCACAAACAAGUUUAGUGCACAGACGUCCCACUACUACCCCGUGCUGACCACUGCCUCCUGUGCCCUGAGAGCCCUGAGGCCAGUUUGCACGUGGAACAAGGGGGACACUGCCCAUCCCCUGCAGCACCUCUCCCCCAGCCCUCCCUCUCCAGGCCCUUGCCCCUGCCCUCUGCUCCUGCAGCUACCUGGUUCAGAGCCUGUCUCCGUGGGAGCAAGCACGCUAGCUCGGAGUAUCAGUAACCUUAUUCACAAGUUUCUGGUGCUAUUUUCAAGUAGUAAUGUGAACACAGACCUCCUUGAAGUUGUUUUCCUUUUUGUUUGUUGUUUUUGCUUCUAACUGGGGUGGUGGGAGGGGCCAGGGGUGCCCCAGGAAGACUUUUGCCCAGAUCAAAGAGGUGAGGCAGUGCCCACAGGCCUCCCCGGCCCCGCCCGACCCCAGGGACAAAACAGUGAGGGCUGCCCCAGCCAGAGAGGAGUCCUGGGGGUGGUGAGGAGGGCCAGACAGUGACAGAGCCCUCAUUCACUGACCAGUGCAGAAUGGCAUGUGUAAAGGCCCGGGAGGUCACGCUGCUCACCGACCCACAGUCCUGUUCUCUCUUUGACUUUUUUAUUUUUAAACUCUUGGUACAAUCUGUAUGUCCAAACAGGUUUUACUCAGAUAUCUUGAAAGAAGCCAGAGGGCACAGGCCGCCUUCCAGGGAGGUGGUGGGGGUCCUGCUGAAGCCCGGUGUGGAGCCCAGAGAUGAUACUGUCCUUCCAAAUACAGUCCUAUUUUCACAAGG